AUGGAAUCCAAGAAGCGCAAGCGUGGUUCCGACCAGCUCACAGAGAAUGAAGUAGAUACCUCGAAGCCCACCGCUGUCUUCGAAGCCAAGGAAGGGCGAAAGUACACACUGAGCAUUGCGCUGCCUGGGAGCAUCAUUGCAAAUGCACAAACGCCCGAACUCCAAACGCUCUUAGCAGGUCAAAUUGCCCGUGCCCUUGCCGUCUUCUGCGUCGAUGAAGUAGUGGUGUUUGACGAUGGUCAACUAACGCAGGAUGCUGAGACUCAUACUACAUUCUCAAGUACUCAAAAAAUUGGAAAAGAGCACAACUCGUAUAGCGGCUACACAGAUCCAAACUUCUUCUUGGCGCACAUUUUGUCAUAUCUUGAGACACCUCCAAAUCUACGAAAAGACCUGUUUCCUCUUCAUCCAGACUUUCGACUGGCGGGAUCCCUGCCAAGUCUAGACAUGCCCCAUCACGUCCGCAUGCACGAUUGGUGCCAAUACCGUGAAGGCGUUACCAAACGGGAAAUACCCAAUAGGCAAGAAAGGAAAAUAUGGAGGACGCCGCCUGGUCAUACCUACAUCGAGACUGGCCUUCGUACACGAGUCUUUAUCUCAGCUGUCAUAGCACCAGAAACGCGCGUGACUGUCAAAUUCAAAGAUGAAGAGAAGCCCGAAGAAAUCCCAGGUAAUGAAUUACUGGCCGAAGCUGUCGCUCCUUCUGCUCCGCGAGAAGAGGCUGGCUAUUACUGGGGCUACAGUGUUCGCUCAGCGUCCUGUAUAUCUGCUGUUCUCACCGAGUGCCCAUUCGAUGGCGGCUACGAUCUAACAAUUGGGACGUCAGAGCGAGGCGUCCCUGUAUCUAGUCUUGAUAGUACAAAAACGCCAAAGAGCCAACCCAUUCCAGAGUUUGCGCACAUGUUGAUUGUUUUCGGAGGCGUUGGUGGAUUGGAAGUUGCGGUAAAGGCAGACAAGGAGUUGGAGAAUUUGGGAGUGAAAAGUCCCGAAGCAUUGUUUGAUCACUGGGUGAAUCUGUGUCCAGGACAAGGUAGCAGGACGAUUCGAACGGAAGAGGCAGUUUGGUUGGGGUUGAUGGGGUUGAGAGGUGUUGUGUCGAGGAAGGGAAAGAGGUGA